AUGGCGGACCAGCAACAGCCGCAACAGCAGGUGAUGAACGCUGCUGGCAGCGGUGGAGGCCUCAGCUUGCCUCCGGAGUUCGGCUUCCACCCGAGUGACGAUGAGAUUGUUAUCUCCUGCCUCAUGAACAAGGUGCGCAACAAGCACUUCACCAGCAUCGCCAUCGCAGACGUCGACCUAAACAAGACUGAGCCAUGGGACCUCCCGUGGAAGGCAAAAAUGGGCCAGAAAGAGUGGUACUUCUUCUACUAG